AUGGGAGAGCUGGUCAACUGUGUGGGCCUGGGCAGCGAUGGGUUCCAGAAGGCAGAACGAUUCAGAAUUCAGGUGAUCUAUGCCCUGAACACCCGCCAGGAUGAGGCCGAGGCCAGCAUGGAGGCGCUGCGGGAAGCCCACCAGGAGGAGCUCCAGAGCGCGGUGGCGGAGGCCAGGGCCCGGCUCCUGCAGGACCAGGGCCAGGGCCCGGCGGCGGCGGCGGCGGAGGAGGAGGCGGCCCUGCGGCAGCGCGUGCAGACCCUGGAGAGCGCCCUGGAGCUGCAGAAGAGGCUGACGCAGGAGGCGCGGGCCGAGUCGGCCACGUGCAGGCUGGAGACCAAGGAGAGGGAGCUGAGGGCCGAGGCGGAGCACGCCGAGCGGGUCCUCAGCCUGUCCAGGGAGAUGCUGGAGCUCAAGGCGGACUACGAGAAGAGGCUGCGACACCUGGCGGGCCCCGAGGCGCCCCCGUGGGGCCGGCCUGCCCAGGACAGCCCCGACGCGCCGGCCGAGCGCGGCCCCGAGAUGCGGGAGGUCCUGCAGGAGGUGGAGCGGCUGCGCCUGGAGAACCAGCAGCUGAGCCGGGACUACGCCCGCAAGGCCGAGGAGCUGCGGGCCAGUUACGAGCGGGAGAACGAGGCCAUCCGGCAGGCCAUGCAGCAGUCGGUGAGCCAGGCGCUGUGGCAGUGGCAGGAGAAGGAGACCGACCUGCGCAAGAACUUCCAGGUGCAGGAGUCGGCCCUGCAGGCCCAGGUGAGGAAGCUGGAGGGGGAUCUGGAGCACCGCGGCCGCAGGAUCAGUGACCUGAAGAAGUACGCCCAGAAGCUGAAGGAAAGGAUUCAGGACCUGGAUGUGCAGCUCCAGGAGGCUCGACAGGAGAAUUCAGAGUUGAAAAGCACUGCAAAAAAACUGGGGGAGAAGCUGGCUGUUGCCAAAGACAGACUGGUGCUGCAGGAGCGUCAUGUGUCACAGAAAACCGAUGACAUGAAGACUGAGCUAGUUUCAGAGAAUGAAGUCUUGGAAGUCCACAGUCUUCAUCCUCAGAAGGAUCAGAACUUUCCCAAGGAAUGUCCAUGCACGAAAGGAGGCGCAGAUCCACAGACCAAGAAAGAGCCAAGUGUUGAGACAGAAUAUAUGAAGCAACAAUAUGAAGAUGACCUACGUAAAAUCAAACAUCAGACAGAAGAGGACAAGAAACAGCUCAGAGACCAGCUAGUGAAGCGACUGGAAGACUUGGUAAAGAAGCACACAGUGGAAAUCAAGUCAGUUCGCUCUUCUGUGGAGGCUGAAAGGAAGAAGCUGCAGAAGGAAGUAGAAGCACAGUUGGAGGAAGUGAGGAGGAAAUCAGAAAAUGAAAUAAAGCAGCUGGAAGAAGAAAAAGUGGCUCUAAAUGUGAAGCUCCAGAAUUCUGUGCUUGAGGUUUCAAGGCUGGAAGAAUUUAUCCAACAAAAUAAGGUACGUCUCCAAAGAGCCGAGGACAAGCCCCUGGAACGAGACAGCCAACACUGCAGCAUUUUAGAGACCCAGGAUCCAUGCUUGAAACUGAAUGAACCUUCUCAGACCCUGCCCAGAGGGGAAGAAUAUCAAGACAAGCUAGUAGGCAAAGAAGGAACCAGCAGCGAUGAAGAAGACAGGAAUGAAGUGCCCCUUACGGAGGGAGGUGACCUGCAAUCUCCACUGGGCUCUUCGGCAAAGGAGAAGACCCCUGACAUCCAGCGUCUGCAGGAGGAGUGGCAAAACGAGAAGGCCGGGUUGCAAGCCCAGAUCUCCCAGCUGCAGCAGGCCCUGGAGCAGUGCACCAGCGACUACCGGGAGGACCUGCAGGCGCUCCAGCAGCUCUCCGACUGCGACCGGGAGAAGCUGCAGCGCCAGCUCCAGGAGAGCACCCAGCAGAGCCAGGCCGCCAGAGCCCAGCUCGAGGCUGCCCACCAGCGAGCCCUACGGGUGCUUGAGAAGGCCAAAAAUCAGGAACUCAAGGCCACCGAGGAGCGUUUGAAAAAGGAAUCCAGCCACAGCCUCCAGAUCCAGCACCAGGCACACCGGCUGGAGCUCCAGGCCUUGGAGGAAAAGGCAAGGCAAGAGCUCCAGGGGGAGCGCGAGCGGAUACAGGCGCAGCAGGCUCUGCUGCUAGAAUCCCUCCAACAGGAACUGUCAGAGCAGCGGGCUGCCUGCUCCAAGCACCAGAAGGACCUGGAGGCUCUGCAGGCUGAGCUGAGGGCUCCAGGGGGCUUGGGCAGACAGCAGUCCAUCCCCCAGACCCCAGGGGACAGCGAGGACCAUGCCAUCACUGCAGAGGAGGGGGGCGGCCCCGGCCAGGGCGCCUCCCCGACGGGCGCCGCCGAGCGGGCGCCGGGCGAGGGCUGCGGGCUUCGCGGGGAGAACGCGCGGCUGCAGGACGCGGUGCGGCGGCUGCGCGCCGAGGCGGAACAGCACCGGCAGGAGGCGCUGCAGCUCCGCGACCGGCGCAGGUUGCUGGAGGAGGAGGAGCAAGCCCAGCGAGCCAGGGAGGUGGAGGUGCUCCGCCAGGAGCACCGGAAGGAGAUGCAGGCCAUGGUGGCCGACUUCACCAGCACCCAGGCCCGGCUGCAGGCCCGGCUGGCUGCCCUGGAGACCGAGCUCAAAGAGUGUGGAGAGAAGCCCAGAAAGGGAGUGUCCAGGCCCGAGGACCUGCAGCUCAUCAGCCGCCUGCAGACCCGGCUGAAGGAGCGAGAGGGGAUCAUCAAACAGCUCACGGAGGAGAGACGGUUCCACUACGCAGCCUUUCCGAGCCCCGUGUCCCAUCGGAAUCGGUCCUUUUCUUUCAAUCCUCAUCCAGGGUAUUUGACCCCUUCCAUGAAGAAGAAGAAGAUGGAGGACGUGCCCAGCCGGGUGGUCAGCGUGCCCAACCUAGCCUCCUACGCAAAGAACUUUCUGAGCGGGGAUUUGAGCUCCAGGAUCAACACCCCUCCGAUAACCAAGUCUCCCCGUCUGGACCCAAGCCCCAGCUGCGGCCAGCCUUACAAACCCACCCGGUCUCUAGAUGCUAAAACUGCCACCAGGACACAAGAUGGUGAAACAGCCCAACCCAAAGAAGCCCAGCAGAAGCAGAGCUCUGCGCACCAGGAGUGGUUUACCAAGUACUUUUCUUUCUAAGCGGAUUUUCCAGAUCCAUUACAAAGAGGACAUUUGAAAACCACUUCUUCUUAAAUAUCUGAUUGAGGGAAGGAACUAAAAGAACCAACCAAUAACCUGCUUGUACUAUGAUUUGAUGGCUAAAACCAGUUUUGGUAUUACAUUUCAUACCAUUUCAUUGUGGCAAUGGCUAAUUUUUAAAGUUCUUUAUGGUAAGAUACAGUGAACCAGUGUUAUCAAAAAGCACCCAUGGGGAUAUGUCACUACAUUACUAAUGACCUACACAUUGUGUUACUGGUAUCUAUAGAUCCUAUUCCGCUUUGCAGAAUAUCCGACUGUGUGAUUUCCAUCAUCUACUUUAAAAAUGGUUUCAUUUUUCCUGAGGAUGCUAGUCAUCUCCACUUGAAAAGUUGUUUCUCAGUAAAAUGAACAAUUGCAAAGAUGCACGUCUAACUUCAAUAGGAAGAAUAUUAAAACAAAGCUCAAAAUAACCAGGAAAGCCAAUUAAAAAUGACUAGGAAUAGACUGUAGCAGAGCCUUGGCAUGCUUGGAUGGAACGUUUUGACUUCUGAAGUCCAUGGCAGGUGACAGAGGGGCUAACACCUACCUCAUACAGGCUUUGAGGAUUAAGCAAAAUAACGUGGGUGACAGUUACCUACCAGGAUUGGAAUUAAGGACUGCAAGGACUUUUCUGUGAGUAACUGAGCCUCUCCCCAUCACGUAUCUCAGUUUCUAUGUCUGUACUGACAACUGGGGAAUUUGUGAAUGUUUCUAGACCAUCAGGUGUCUACUGAACCCCUCCUCGGUCUUUGGAUUUGGACCAUUUGCCUCCUGGUUCAUUUGCUUCUCCAUUGCAUGGAUUUCGGUAGGUUCAAGGGAACUGGGAAUGGCCACUUGUGGUGCUGACCUUGCUCUCAGUCCACAAGGAAUUCUCUUACCCUCUGGUGGAGUGAUGAGAAUUGACCAGACUCAAUACAACUUUCAUUGAGCAAAAUAAAUUCUGAAUCCUUUGGUGCUGGCCCUGCACGUGGCCCAUGAGACAGAUGUUUAUUCUAUGCACUGUCAAAUCUUUGCUCUUUAAAUAAAACACCAAACAACUGGGCAAUAAAAAUCAU